AAUAUUUUAAGAGAAAAAAUACAAGUGGCUCAAAUAGCUGGCACAAUAUAUGACAAUAAAUGACCUAUGUAUUAUUGAAGACCACAAAUCGUGAAAUUCCUGUCGUAGUCGGCAUCGCCGCCUCUCUUUCGAAUGUAUGAACAGUUUAGCAGAACGACGGAAAACGCGUUCUAUACAUAUAUAUAAGUGUGCGGACACGCGUUAUCCGGUCGUCGGCGACAUUGAUUUUCGUCGAGUGUGCAAAAAUGUAUGUUUGCAUGGUUUUUUACACGGCGGUUAAGCAAUACAUCGGAACUUCUCCGCGGCAGAACACCUCUACCCGACCAGUGAUAUCCCCGUACAUGUUGUUGACCGUCGUCAAAUUCAGACGUGCCGUGUAUCGCAUACAAAAGUUGUACCUAUUUUUCGGAUAUUGCGCGGAAGUUAAUGGGAAGUCGACGAUGUUUGGUACCAGGCAAGCUCCACUUUGGCCUCUGUUUUGUUGCGCUGUACUCCUCGAAGUCGUCAGCGGAGCGAAGCCAAAACAUUCCGUUUAUUUGGAUCCGCACUGGGACAAUUUUAAGGUGGAACACAAUAAAACAUACAUAAGAAAUAAUGAAUACCACCAUCGUACAGCGUGGGAGGAGAACUUCCAUCACAUUAAUAAACACAACGAAGAGGCCAAAACUGGAAAACACAAUUACACACUAGAUUUGAAUCAUUUAGCCGACAUGCCUUUAUAUCUGUACAAUAAACAUUUUACUAGUCUUUCGUCAAGAAAAUUAAUCAAGAGCACAGAUAUACAUACUGAUCCGUCACAUCAUACCAGACCAAUUCCAGAAGAGGUUGACUGGCGGGAAAGGGGGUUCAACACGCCUGGAUGGAAUCAACUGGAUUGCGGUGCGUGCUAUGCUUUCAGCAUAGCUUCCAUGCUCGAAGGACAGCUGUUUAAAGCUACGGGAAAGUUGCACACGUUAAGUUCUCAACAAAUCAUCGACUGUUCAAUCGCAUACGGAAAUCUCGGUUGUUCCGGUGGAUCGUUAAAAAACACACUGCAGUAUCUCCAGAGAGUCGGGGGAAUUAUGCAAGGACUUGAGUAUUCAUACAAAGCAAAAAAAACCUUGUGUCGUUUCAAAAAGUUUAGAGCCGUACUUCAGAUUUCAAAAAUUUCAAUACUGCCACCAUCCGAUGAACACGCGCUACAAGCAGCUGUGGCGUUUGUAGGACCAAUCAGUGUAUCAGUAAAUGCGAGUCCAAAAACAUUUCAACUGUAUUCAUCCGGAGUAUACGAUGACCCAGUCUGUUCGUCCAACACCGUUAACCACGCCAUGUUGCUAGUCGGGUACACGAAGAACGCUUGGAUUUUGAAAAACUGGUGGAGCUCGAAAUGGGGUGACAACGGUUACAUGUAUUUGGCCCGUGGAAAGAACCAGUGUGCUGUGUCCGCCUAUGCUGCUUACGCUACCAUAUUAUUGCCAAGUCAUCGAUCGCAGCCUUCGACGCAUCCUCAUGGUUGACCGUGGCACUAAAUUUUCUAUUUACUCAAUAAGUUAUAGUUGGAGUCAGAUUUAUUUAUAUGAACCAAACAUGCAUUAGAUAAAUAUGGUUUAUUAUUUAAAAAAAAAUAAUAAUCUUUUCAUUUAAAAUAUAAUAAAAUAAUUGUAUGUACAAC